AUAGCUCCUCAGCUGAAAUGCACCACCUGCUGCCUCCCCAUGCUCACAUCCACUGUUUGGUCUCCGUAAGUGCUCAGCAAUGGUUCGUGAAUGUCAGUGGCUGCCAUUUCUUCUGCAUGGAGGAAUUCAGCGUCACACCUUUCCUUCACCUGCACCUCCAUGUCAGGCCCAUUUUGUCAGUGCUGCCACCUGUCACACAGCAACGCAACGGAAUGGAAUAUUGGUGGGAAGGUUCAACCUUUACUUCCACACUACCAACGUUUGACGUUGAGGGCCAUCAUAACACAAUAACUUUUGGAGCAGCCCUUGUAUAUCUGAAGACCCUUUACAACAAGCACCUCUAUAAGGAUUUAGGAGAACUUCAGGACUUCUUUUUCUGUUUUGGACAGAGCGAGCCAACAGUUUGCUUUCAUUUUAACCUGGCCUUGUUGGAGGGUGAGUUAAGACACGGUAGAAGCUGACAGCCCUUUGCUCCACACACCGAACUGAGCACAAACUGACCGUCAGAGAGACACAGCUGACCGCCCGUGGGUCCGGGUUUGGGGCGGGUACAGAGCGAACUCGGGGAGGGAAGGGGGCGGUGAGGAAGGGUGGUGGCGGGAGGGCGGGUCGCACCGCCUGGGGCUGAUUGGCCGCCCAGUUUAUAAGAGCUUCCCGACCGGGACGGCGGGGGUUGUUUGCCGAGGCCGGGGUGCUCCGUGGAGCCGUGUGUGGAGCCGACCCAGCGGAGUGCCCGCGGCGCCAUGCGGCGCGCCAGCCGAGACUACACCAAGUACUUGCGCGGCUCCGAGGAGGUGGGCAGCGGCACCGCCCACGAGAGCGCCCCGCCGCCGCCGCCAGCGCCGCCGCUGCCGGCACACCCGCACCCGCCGCCCGCCUCCCGCUCCCUCCUGGCCGCCCUCGUCCUGUUGGGGCUGGGACAGGUGGUCUGCAGCGUCGCCCUGUUCCUCUAUUUCCGAGCUCAGAUGGACCCUAGUAGAAUUUCAAAAGAAGAUGCACACUGUGUCAGAAUGCUUUUCAGAUCUCAAGAGAGUAUAGACUUGCAAGACAUGCCCUUUGAAAAUCAAGAGGUGAAGUUAAUGCCAGAAUCAUGCAGAAGGAUGAAGCAGGCUCUCCAAAGGGCUGUGCAGAAGGAAGUCCAGCGUAUUUUGGGAAAAGAGCCACCAAGACCAGAAAAAGCUGCAAUGGAGGCAAUAGGAAUGGAACUGUACAGGAGAAAUAAGCCAGAGAAGCAACCUUUUGCCCAUCUCAUUAUUGAUGAUAAGAAUAUUCCAACUGGAACUCGCAAAGUGAACCUUACAUCUUGGCAUCAUGACAAAGGCCAGGCAAACUUAUCAAAUAUGACGUUCAGUGAUGGGAAGCUGAUUGUUAAUCAAGAUGGAUUUUACUACCUUUAUGCCAACAUUUGUUUUAGACAUCAUGAAACUUCAGGAAACCUGACUAAAAGAGGGCUUCAGCUGAUGGUGUACAUGACUAAGACAAACCUUAAAAUAAGGCGCUCUGAUGUGUUGAUGAAGGGAGGAAGCACCAAAUACUGGUCAGGGAAUUCGGAAUUUCAUUUUUAUUCUGUAAACAUAGGAGGAUUUUUAAAAUUAAAAACUGGUGAUAUGAUAAGUAUCCAGGUAUCAAACCCAUUGUUACUGGAUUCAUCACAAGAAGCAACUUACUUUGGGGCAUUUAAAGUAAGGGAUUUAGACUGAAUCUUUUAAUGUGCUGAAAUUUUGGGGGGUUUGGGGGGGGUUGUUGUCCAGACACAACUUGAAGACAAAGAUGAAAAUCUUUUGCAACCCAAUUGCAUCUGUAUAAAAAUAUAUCUCUAAAGGCACAUUUUGCCCUGUGCUGAUUCUAGCAACAGUUUCAUAAAUCAAGGAUAUAAUUUUAUAGAUCUCCUGAUUCAGACUUAUGCUAAUUUUACUUCCUAUGUUUCCAUUGGCUUUGGUAGAGUCAUUAUGAUUUUACAUUGAUGUAGUUGAAAGUAGAGCAAUUAAUAUUACUCUAUUUGUUUCCACACCCUGACCGUACUUCAUAGCCUGUGCUACUCUUGCUAGUAUUGGUACAAACAGGGCAGGGCAGAAACUGGCUUCCAGAUUGCAUUUGGUGCUCAGAUUUGUUUGGGGCUGAGCAUUCUGACCCUGAGGCAGCAAAGAUUGUGAACGUAUGACUAAUUGCAUUGCAUUUGAUGUGGUUUUUCACAUGUUUAGUUAAGCAGGUUCUUGCUUUUCUGGAUUAAGGUUGGAGCUUUCAAGUCCCGGCAGAAAUGAGUUGUACAACACCUAAACAGUUCAAAUUAAGUUUUUAUCUGACUAAAAGGGCUAUUCCAGGAAGGAGGAAGAUCAUCUGGCCUUGCAGUUCUAAAAGGUUAAUUACAGUUCAUUCUUAUUGUUGCACAGCUAAUUGCAAAUACAGAUUGCCAAAAUACAGUAUGCCUUUAAAGUAUUACAUUGUGCCAGAACCUGCAAAGACAUUUUUUAGACAAAAAAAAUAUGUAUUUUUAUAUUCUGUAAUAUCUAAAGUUAUAUUUCAGGUGUAAUGUUUUGUGUAAAGAAAAAAAAAUGUAAAUUAUAUUGUCCUAUAGUAUUUGAUACAAGAUAUUUAAAUUCUCUUGCUGUUUGUAUAUUUAAUGUUUUAUACUGUUUUUAAUGUACAGACAUGUUAAACUAGUGCACUUUUUAAUCCCAAUGGGAAAAAUUGCAGCUAAAAGAGGUUGUUUGCAAUUAGCAAAUGUAAUAUAUCUUUGUUCUUUUUAACUUAAUAGAUUUCUGUUAAACUUGUCAGUAUUACUGGGAGGAGAGGAGGGAAUUUCACAGCAAAGUCAUGAGUAAUCACACCAGAAUGCUGGUCACUGGGUGUCUUUCCAACCUGGAGGGUAAUUAACAUUACAAAGCUGGCAUGACAUUAAAAAAAAAAAAGGGCCACAGAAAUAUAUUUGGGGUAUUUAUAGUUUCUGAGCAGGCAAGUUUUCCUACAAUGAACUCUGCAAGUUACAAAUUUUGUAAUGACAUUUUUUUGGCCUAGUUUCCUGAAAAAGUGAAGCUUAUGUCAUUGCAUUGCCUGUCCUUUUCUCCCCUUGUAGCUUUUGAAACUCUGUGCCUUUCUGCCAGAUGUGGCAGAUGAAUGGCAGUGUUAAGAGGUAAUCUUACAGGAUUUUUGUGAGAACUGACAGCUGAGGAAAAACUCAGCCAUUUUACAUUAUUUGUCAGUGGCUGGCCACUGUUCAUAUUAGCCAACAAUUUAAUAUGGGGAAACUUCUAGCUAGCCGCUACAUGUGUUGUUUCUUGUAUAGUUGCUUGGCCAAAAAUGGUAGGUGGUAGGAAUCUGAGGGUGGGUAUGGGAAAGGUGGGGGUUGAGCUGCAAAUACUACCGAUGAUAUUUAGGGCACAUCUAGGCAGGGAACAACAGUUGGUGAGGAGGGGAUGAGAGAGGCUUUAGGAGUAUUUGGGUACUCUUAGGAUGAUGUGGGGGAAGCCUACUGUUCAUCAAUGCAGUAGGAAUCACAGAAGGCAAAGGGCUCAUCUACAAGAAAUGAGGCUUCAUACAAAUCCUCAGACUUCUUUUUUUUUUUAUAAUUAAUGGAUUUGAAUUCAAGCAAUUAUUUUAUACUGUGUAUGUAAUAAUGUAAUAAACAUUUCUUUUUAAU